UCUCGAUUUCAGCAGCUGUGGUUUCCUAGCAAUCAUAUAGCAGAUAUAACAAUUUUUCAGCAUCCCAUUCCAGUACCUCCUGCAGCCUUGUUGGUUAUUGUGACAGAGCAGAUGGACAAUGUAAAUGAAAUAAAACUGUCUCUUAAAGAAGAGUUUGAUAAACAAUACAAGGAGGAGAAAAUCGAACAAGCACUUAUGCAAACAUUUUCAAUGGAUGAGAUUCACGAUGUCUUCUCAGUGGUGAAUGAAAAACCUGAAGUAAAUAUGAUACUAGACACAGUAAAGAGCUGUAUCUUCCUAAAUGGCUGUACAAUGGAUGUUCUUGAAGUAGCACUGAAGGUGCAGGCCAAGCUUACUGCCAUUUUAAGUGCUAGGCUUCAAAAAGUAACUACAGAGCAAGCUGGGGUCUUGGUCCAGUGGGGCUAUUCAGAUGAUGAGGAUUCCUACCCAUUUAGUAUUGAAGCUAGCCAGUUAUUAGAAAAUAGAUACCAGGUUGCAAGGACAGGAGUUGUAACCGUGACAAUUGAAAAUAGCAGACAAGCAACGGUCAAUCUUCAGACAAUGAUGGCAACACUUGGAGGAGAUAGAGAAGUUAAUGUUAUUCGAAGAGACUUAAAAAAUGAAACAAACCUUCCUGAGAAUUGGGCUGACAUGAGUGGGCUGUUGCUUAGGCCAGUGGAAUUGGAUCAGAACUCUGAGGAAUAUAACCGUGUUAAAGCCAAUUUCAGCAGAACUGUCCAAAGAACUAUUGUGAAGAUUGAGAGGAUCCAGAACAAGUAUCAACACACAGCAUACACACUGAGAAAGGAAUACAUGAUUCAGAAGAAUGGGCCUGAUGGUGUGAAUGAACGUCAACUGUUCCAUGGCACUGAACCAAAGAACUAUCAGUCCAUCAACUACACUGGUUUUAACAGGAGUUUUGCAGGUCAACAUGCUGCUGCCUUUGGGAAUGGAGUAUACUUUGCUGUGGAUGCCAGUUACUCAGCCAGACCGUUAUACUCUCCCCCAGAUCCAAAUACUGAAGAGAGAUUUAUGUAUCUAGCAAAAGUGUUAGUUGGUCAUUAUACUGUAGGGCAAAGAGGUAUGAAGACCCCACCCUGCCGUCAAGUUAAUAAUCCCUUUGACGUCUAUGACAGUUUAACAGAUGACCAAAACAAUCCAGCCAUGUUUGUUGUGUUUCAUGAUGACCAAGCAUAUCCUGAGUACCUCAUUACCUUCAAAUAAACAUAUUCAAAAGAGA